AUGAACAACUUCCCGAACAGCAACAAUCUUUAUGGAUAUGGAUUUCAGCAAUCCAGUCAACAACUGAACUAUCCGCCACCCUUUAUGAAUUCACAACCUGUGGGAUAUGAUAACACAAAUAGACAAUUUUCCGCACCACCACCACCACCGCCUCCUGAAAAUCAAAAUCAAGGAUCUUCAGCUGAUUCCAUGCAGCAACAAAACAUGAACAUGAACAGAGGUAGACAACAAGGCAAUUUUAAUCAAGGAUUUAACAAUAAUCGAGGGCAGCAGAAUAGCAAUAAUAAUAAUAAUAGUAAUAGGCAGCAAAGUGCUCGAGGUGGUCGAAGGAAUCUAAGAGGAAGUGCUCAGUUUCCGGGAGACAAUAUUCAUUCGCAGAAUGCCAGCAGCAUGAACUCUAAUUUUAAUGACCCAAAACCAAAUCAAAUGCAGGGAAAUUUCAGCAAUAUUCGUGGUCAACAGAAAAACAAUAAGAAUAACAACAACAAUAGGAAUACGGGAAACUGGAACAGGAAUAAGAAUAAUAAUCAAGGUCAAAACUCUUCAGAAAUGAAUUCAAAUGCUAAUAUAAAGUUCGCACAUGAUGUUUCUCAGCAACCAUCACAACCAAUUUCAUUGAGUCCAAAUGUUCCUGGCACAUCAACAAAUGUCAAUAACUUUGAGGACGAAUUUAGAAAAUGGGAAGAACAAUUUGAAAAGUGGCAGCAUGAAAUGAGAGAUCAUCCAGAUAAAGAACAGUAUGACAAAUAUAAGGAACAAUUCAUGCAAUAUCGCGAAGCUUUAUCAACUCGCUUGCAAAAAUUGAAAGAAAAGUCAAUCUCGAAUCCGCCGAUGACGGACGAACAAAUCAAAUUUAGUACGGAAUGGACUGCUGGAGAUCCAAAUAAAGGUUCAACAAGUACAGCUGAGCCAGCUGGUUCUUCUAAAACAGUUUAUAAUCCAGCAACGUCAUCAACACAAUUGCCACCAGCAUUUGUAUCAAAUUCCGAUCUGCCUGCAUCAUCAAUUCUUUUUGGUUGUUCAACAUCAACAGUAACAAGCACCAAAGAAAUUCCCCAAUUAAGUUUUGCUCACGAUAAAUUCGAUGAAGAGAAUAUUGUGUCAUUUGAACAUGCUGUUAUGGAUCCAAAUUAUUCAAAUUUUAAUAAGAAUAGCUUUAAAAGCUCAGAAGCAUUUAUUCCUGGACUGGAAACAUUUAAGGAACCACCAAAAGAAAUGCUAAGAAACAAACAAGAUGAUGAUGUUUUGAUAAUUCCUCCAAAUCAGACAACAGAACUAAGAAAAUCACCGCUUGUUGCUCUUCCUAUGCCUGAGCUGCCUUCUUUUAGUCGAACAAAGUUUAGAAGUAUGACUUUAAUUGAUGAAAUCCUAGAAGAACCUGGACGAUCAACAAGAGAUAAAAAAGUGCUUAUAAUAAUUCGAGGAGCACCAGGCAGUGGCAAACAUUAUCUAGCAGACCUGAUUUAUAAGAAAGAAGCUGAAGAGUAUCGUAAUGAUCGAUGUAAAAUAUUAUCGAUAAGAAAGUUUAUAGUUAAUCAUAUCUACGAUCCGAGAAAAGCAGAUGAGUAUGAUAUGCAACAGCUUAAUGAAUGUAGAGAUAUGAUGCAAGAAGGAUACAAUAAUUUUGUCAUAGUGGUCCUCAAUGGAUGUGGCAUUAAGCAUUUCAAUAAGAUUGCUCAUAUGGCUUUUAGUAUAGGAAAGUUUGAAUGUUACUCUAUCGAAAUUCAUCAAAAAUCUGAAGUUUGUCACAAAUAUGACACAUAUAAUAGAAGUAUCAUAGAUAUAAAAGAAGCAAAUGAAUAUUUAGUAAGGUUUUCAACGCCAAUUAGAAUUAAGCUUUUAGAUCCAAGCUCACUUUAUUUCCCAAAAUUAAAACCACAGCCUAUUUUAACUGAUAAACCCCCACCGAUAUUCGAGAAAUCACAACCCCCACCUCAAUCAAUUCCAUCAAACGCUGAAGAAUUUACUAAAAAUAUAGCACAACUUUUACAAAAUGAAAAUGUCAUGCAAAUUUUGCAAGCUCAGAUUAAAAAUAAUCAAUCUAGUCAGUCAAUGCAGGUACAAAAUCAGCAGUCACAGCAACAGCAACAAAAUCAGCCAUUUCAACAAAAUUUCAAUAGAAUGCCUCCAAUGAUUCAAAUGCGCGAACCUCCACCAAAAUCUUUUAUACCAAAAAAUCAAGCAAACUUCUCAUUAGUCGACUGUCCAAUAUUUAAAUCUACAAAAGUCGUUGACUAUAAUCAUGUCCAUAAGCAAACAUUUGAAGAAUCUUUGAUGGAAUUUAAAGUCUUUCGAACCAUAGACUAUAAUCAUAUGACAUCCUAUAAAUUAAAUGAAUUCAUAAAGGAAAUUGAUAUUGAUAAAGUCAUUGAAAAGAGAAAAGCUAUCGCAUUAAGAAAGAAAAUUUUGGAAUAUUUAAGAAGUGCUGAACGGCCUGAAGAUACAGUAAGUAAUCCAAAAUAUCCAAGAAACUGGCAAGUUGAAGAACGUGAACGCCCGCCAAGAAAAAGUAAAAGAAGGAAGCGUUUGACUGCAAAGAUUAAAAGAAUUCUUAUGGAAAAAUGUCGUGACAAUUCGUGGAUGACAAAAGGAUAUGUAAGAGAUGAAAAUGAGCAGAUGGAUUUAGAAACAAUUUCUUCAGAUGAUGAUGAUGGAAGUGACAUAGGAUCGUAUGAAAAACCAGCGAAAAUUGCAAGAAUUGAAGUUGAUGAGAAAGAGGAAGUUUAUGAUGAAUUUAGAGACAUUUUUAAGACAAUUCCAGAUUUUAAUAGAUUUAAACAUCCAAGAACAAUUAGUAUAAAGAGUCUUUUAUGGCUUCCUGAAAGAAAAUUUCGACCACAUAAGAUUUUGAUCAUACUUCGUGGUGCUGCUGGAUCUGGAAAGUCACAUUUAGUUCAAUUGAUUAAAAGGAAAGAAACUGAAAUUGGAAAUUCCGAUAUUAGAAUUUUAUCAAUUGAUGAUUAUUAUUUAACUGAGGAAGAUGAAGAUUGUGAUCCAAAAACUCGACAGAAAUUAACACAAAAUUAUUUAGAAAAUUUACAAAAACAUUUAAAGAAAACAAUUUCCAAUAAUUUACACAACUUUAUCAUAAUUGAUGCUGAAAACUGCGAUUUGAGUUCAUACAAUCAAUUUCAUCAGAUUGGCACUUCAAUGGGAUUUUCAGUCUAUACAAUUGAACUAUAUCAAAUGCUCGACAUUUGUAUGAAGCAAUGCAAAAGAGCUGCAUCUAAAGAUGAGAUUUCAAAGUCGAUAGAAUUAUUAAAUAAAAAUCGAAUUCCUAAUGAUCAUAUGCUGCUACUUCCAACUGCACUUUAUGAGGAAUAUAAAUGCUUUGUUAAUCCACUUUUAUCGAAUGAGAAACCAAAGGAAGUGAUUGAAAAACCUAAAGAAGUUGAGCAGCAAGAUGACUCGAUUAAAAACUAUCAGAACUAUCUCGUUCAAACUAUUGAUGAUGACUACUUGGAAGUAAUGCCUCAAUUUAACUGGCAUAAUCGUGAGACUAUAGACAUUAGAGACAUUUUGGAAGAGCCUGGAAGAUUUAAAAGGAACAAGAAUAUCGCAAUUUUAAUGAGAGGACCUGGCGGUUCCGGUAAAAAUGAAUUAGCAUCAGUAAUUUUGAAUAAAGAACGCGAAAAUGGAAAUGAAAAUUGUAUAUUUAUAAGUAUUGAGGAAUAUUUCAUUAAUGAAGGAACUAAAAAGUAUGAAUUUAACAGUCGUGAUCUAGACACAAACAUCCAAAAAUUAAUAAGGAAGUUACUUGAAUCAAUGCGAUCAAAACUGUACAAUUUCAUUAUUGUGGACGUUGAGACUGGAGACUUUUCACAUUAUAUGCAGAUUUAUGAGUUGCUAUCUAAACAGAAUCAAUGUUAUACAAUUGAAACAUAUCAAGAUCCAGCAGUUUGUUUAGAAAAUGACAUUCAUAAACGUUCAAAGGAGUUAAUUGACAGUGUUUUAGAAGAAAUGAGUUUGAAUCCAACACCUGACGAUCAUAUCUUGCUUGAUGCCGCAGUAUUUUAUAAACAUCCGUCUACUGUCGCAUCAUCUGAUCGUCCUUUAAAGUCAGCACUUAAAACAUCCCCAAAUACAUCAUUUAAUGCUGAAAAUUUACAUUCCCAAGACUUAGAGAAGCUUUACGAAUCAAAUUCAGCUAAUUCGACAUUACAUGAGAAGUUCCAAGCUAGAUUUAAUCAACGAAUUAACAUUAAUGGAAGCUUUAUUGAUCGGAACUCAUCACCGCCAGCGAAUUUACCUGAAUUUAAUUGGUUUAAUGAGAACAUUACAGACAUAAGGGAGAUAUUAGAGGAACCAGGAAGAAAUAGUCGUCCUGAGAAAAUUGCAAUAUUUAUUAGAGGUGCUCCUUGUUCUGGAAAAACUUAUUUAGCAGCGCUGAUUUUAAGGAAAGAAUUUGAAAAAGGAAGUGAAAAAGACUUUAAUUUGUUGUCAAUUGAUGAAUAUUUUGAGGAAGUAAAAUUUCGUGACACAGAAUUUGAAGGACAAUAUGAAAAGUACAUUGAAAGUAAUGCAGAUGCAGCAAAUAUCGACGAAUAUAUGCAGGAACUUGAUGAGAAUUUUGGAAGCAUUUUAGAGAAUGAUGGUCCAGCUUUUGUGGUCUUAGACGCUGAUUUCUGUGACUUGAAAUAUUAUAAUGAGAUGUGGCAAAAGGCAGUUUCGAGCGGCUUCACAUGCUACACAAUUGAGCUUAAUCAAGAUGAUAAUACAUGCAAAAAGUUUAAUGAUCACAAAUGGAAUGAGUCAUUCAUAUUAGAACGUAAUAAAAUGAUGCGAGAGAUUCAAACGCCAAAAGAUCACACAUUACUGGAUCCUGAAUAUUUGUAUCAAGAAUAUAAGUAUGAAUUUAAUGAGAAUGGCGAUGUCUUUGAUGAAAAUUAUGAAAUGGAAGUAGAUGAUGAAGGAUCAAACGACGAGAAUAAUGAAUUAUCGUUUGGUAAGUUUAAAAUGUCAGCACAAACGAGUAAAUGGGAUGAUUAUGAGACACCAGAUAUUGAACGACUUGAUGGCAUUAAAAGUAAGUCGAAAUGUGUCACAAUGGCUGAUUAUCUUCAAACUGACGAUGCUAAUGAAUGGUCAAUGAGACCUUCACAAAGUGGAAAGAAAAGAGUUCGUUGGGCUGAUAUUGAGGAGAAGAAGGCACAAGAGCAUAUGAGAAAAAUUGGAUUUAUUGUCGGUCAUACAGAUUGGACUCGAAUGACUGAUGAAAGUGACGGCAAAAGUGCUCUUGAGAAGACUAAAUUUAUUGAGCCUCGUCAAAAGAAAUGA